AUGGGCAAGGCCGCGGCCCCCCGGGGCUGCCGCUCCGACCUGGACGCGCGCUACCACCGGCUGUGCGACGUGGGCGCGGCGUGGGGCGUGGCGCUGGAGGCGGCGGCGGCGGCGGGCGCGGCGGCGGCGGCGGGCGCGGCGCUGUGGCUGGCGGGCGCGGCGCGCCGCGUGCAGGACCCGGGCCGGCGGCGCGCGCUGCCCACGCUGCUGCUGCUGCUGGCCGCGCUGCUGGCGCAGUUCGCGCUGACCUUCGCCUUCCUGCUGCCGCUGGACGGCGCCACGGGCCCCGCGCGCCUCGCGGGCUUCCCGGCGGCGGCGGGCACCGGCUUCGCCGCGCUGCUGGCCCUGGCGGUGCACGCGGCGCGCCUGGCGCGCGGCCGGCCGGCCCUGCCGGGCCUCGGGCUGCUGGCGCUGGCGCUGGGCCUCGGCCUGGUGCAGGACGCGCUGGCCGCCGAGUACGUGGUGCUGGCCAUGAACCGCACGCGCGCGGACGUGUUCGCCGCCAUGCCCGCGCGCCGGCGCAACGAGGACCUGGUGCUGCUGCUGGGGUUCGCCAUGGCGCUGCUGGCCGCCACGCUGGCCGCCGCCGCGCUGGCCCUGCGCGGCCGCUUCCCCGCCUGGCGGCGCCUGGGCGCCCGCGCCGGCCUCACCGCGCUGCUGGCCGCCGCCCUCUGGGCCUCCUGGAUCGCGCUGCUGCUGCGGCCCGAGCCCGGGCCCCAGUGGGACGAUGCCGUGCUGGGCGCCGCGCUGGUGGCCAACGGCUGGCUGUUCCUGGCCGCCUUCGUGCUCCCCGAGUUCCUGCAGCUCACCAAGCAGCGCGACCCCCGCGACUACCCCGCCGAGGACGCGCCCUGCCAGCCGCGGCUGCUCACGCCGCACCUCGGCCUCGGCCUGCACAACCCGGCCUUCACCCCCGAGGAGGCCCAGCCAGGUAACCCCCCCGCCCUCCCCGGCCCCCGGCUGCCGCGUGCGCCUCGGGGCCCGGAGGGAGGCCCUGACCCGGACAGUAGCGCCCGCCUGUAG